CGGCGGAGGGGAGGGGGGAGGAGACGGAAGGGCAGAGGUACCCCGGCGCGCAUGCGCCGAUCUCCAUGGCGAGGAAAGGGGGUGAAAGAGACCGAGGGGAGCCCAGGGUUUGGACGAAACAGCUCUGAAGAAGCAGGAAAAAGGCAGGCUCUGAGCUUCUGAUGCAUAACAGAGCAAAGAAAUGAAGGGACAGCAGAAAGUGGCGGAGACAGAAGAGGGCACCGUGCAAAUCCAGGAAGGUGCAGUGGCGACAGGCGAAGAUCCCACCAGCGUCGCCAUUGCUAGCAUCCAGUCGGCCGCCACCUUCCCCGACCCCAACAUCAAAUACGUCUUCCGGACAGAGAAUGGGGGAGCUCAGCUGAUGUACCGGGUGAUCCAGGUGGCGGAGGGCCAGCUGGACGGCCAGACGGAGGGCGCCGGGGCCAUCAGCGGCUAUCCUGCGACACAGUCCAUGACGCAGGCUGUCAUCCAGGGCGCGUUCACCAGCGAAGAUGCCGUCGAGACGGAAGCCACCGCCACCGAGACCCACUACACGUACUACCCUGCUACCGCGGUGGCCGACACCAGCACGUCUGCUGGGGCAGGGACCACCGCCACAGCCGUGGUGACGACCCAGAACUCCGACGCCCUCUUGGGGCAGGCCACGCCCACUGGCACAGGGCAAUUCUUUGUCAUGAUGUCGCCGCAGGAGGUUCUGCAAAGUGGGACGCAGCGCUCCAUUGCGCCCAGGACUCACCCCUACUCCCCGAAGUCUGAGGCGCCACGAACGACUCGGGACGAGAAGCGCCGGGCGCAGCACAACGAAGUGGAGCGUCGGCGGAGGGACAAGAUCAACAAUUGGAUCGUGCAACUCUCCAAGAUCAUUCCGGACUGUUCGAUGGAGAACACCAAGUCUGGGCAGAGUAAAGGAGGGAUCCUGUCCAAAGCUUGCGACUACAUCCAAGAGCUGAGGCAGAGCAACAUCCGUCUCUCCGACGAGCUGCAAGGCCUCGAUCAGCUGCAGAUCGACAACGAGGUCUUGCGGCAGCAGGCCGAAGACCUGAAGAACAAGAACCUGAUCCUGCGAGCGCAGCUGCGCCAGCACGGGGUGGAGGUCAUCAUCAAGGACACCCACUGACCGCCCGCAGCUCGGGAGGGCCCCGCUCCGGCCGUCGGCCCGGCAGAAGUCGGGGGUCCCCUGCCCCACCGGUGCGUCCACGGCAGGCUCC